UCCACAAAGCUGCUUCAUUUCCAGUCCUCCUCCCACUAUUAUAAGUUGAUGUUCAUCUAAUUCACUUCUCUUACAUCCCCUCUCUUCAUUUCUUCCGCCGCCGCCGCCGUCAAUGGCUUUAUAUCUUCUGUACGAGUCCGCUUCUGGCUAUGCUCUCUUUCAGGCGCAAGGCCUUGACGAAAUCGGCCAAAACACCGAGGCUGUUCGAAAAUCUGUAGAUGAUAUCAACAGGUUCGGAAAGGUUGUACAGCUUGAAGCUUUUACCCCUUUCGAGUCUGCCCUCGAUGCUCUUAACCAAUGCAAUGCUGUUUCUGAAGGUCAAAUGACUGAUGAGUUGAGGAAUUUUCUGGAGCUUAAUCUUCCUAAGGUCAAGGAUAGCAAGAAGGCUAAGUUCAGCCUUGGAGUUUCAGAGUCAAAGAUUGGUGCACAUAUUCUUGAGGUCACUAAGAUUCCUUGCCAAUCCAAUGAAUUUGUUGGUGAGCUCAUUCGCGGUGUGCGACAACAUUUUGAUAAAUUUGUCAAGAACCUGAAGGAAGGUGAUUUGGAGAAAGCCCAGCUUGGUCUAGGGCACAGUUACAGCAGAGCAAAAGUGAAGUUUAAUGUUAACCGUGUGGACAACAUGGUUAUUCAGGCUAUUUUUCUUCUUGAUACUCUAGACAAGGAUGUCAAUUCAUUCUCCAUGAGAAUCAGAGAAUGGUACUCAUGGCAUUUCCCAGAAUUGGUGAAGAUUGUAAAUGACAACUAUCUUUAUGCCAAAGUUGCAAAGUUCAUUGAGGAUAAGUCACAGUUAUCUGAAGAUAAAAUACCUGAGUUAACUGAGAUUGUUGGGGAAGAAGAUAAAGCUAAAGAUAUUGUAGAAGCUGCCAAAGCAUCCAUGGGUCAGGAUUUGUCACCAAUUGACCUGAUUAAUGUCAAACAAUUUGCACAAAGGGUGAUGGACCUUUCUGAAUACAGGAAGAAGCUUUACGAGUAUCUUGUCACUAAGAUGAAUGAUAUUGCACCCAAUUUGGCUACAUUGAUUGGUGAAGUGGUAGGAGCUCGCUUGAUUUCUCAUGCUGGUAGUCUUACAAAUUUGGCAAAGUGCCCUUCUUCUACCCUUCAGAUCCUUGGAGCAGAGAAAGCUCUUUUCAGAGCCUUGAAAACAAAAGGUAACACCCCGAAAUAUGGUCUUAUAUUCCAUUCAUCUUUCAUUGGACGGGCAUCUACUCGCAACAAGGGACGGAUGGCUCGAUAUCUGGCUAACAAAUGCUCCAUCGCAUCCCGCAUUGAUUGCUUCUUGGAGAAUAGCACCACAGCUUAUGGUGAGAAACUCCGUGAACAAGUGGAGGAGCGACUUGACUUCUAUGAUAAGGGUGUUGCACCCCGUAAAAACAUUGACAUGAUGAAAUCUGCAAUGGAAAUCACCCUCGGUAGCAAAGACACUGAUAUGGAUGUAGACACUGAAACCCCAGCAAAGAAAAGUAGUAAGAAGAAGAAGUCUAAAGAUUCAGAAAACGGUGAAGCUGCUGUGGAGGAUAAGCCAACCGAAGAUGUGAAUGGUGGUGUUAAGAGCGAAAAGAAGAAAAAGGAGAAGCGAAAGUCUGAGAAGGUGGAGAAUGAUGUUAGCGAGGCUGAAGAUGAGUCAGCCAAGAAGAAGAAGAAAAAGAAGAGCAAGGUUGAAGAUGGAGAAGUUACUCCUGCUCUUGUUAGUGAAGGAAAGAAGAAGAAGAAGAAAUGAGUAGUAAGAUGUUGAGACUUUUAUUAGUCUUUACAUAUUUUGAUAUGCUCUACUCUACUACUGCUUUCUUGUCUUAUGAAUGUUACUGCAAAAAAGACUUGUUUUUUAUUGUACCCGAUCUUGGUUUGAUUUCAACUUUCAAGUUAGUAGUAUAUCUUUUUUUGUGGAAAACAUAUUUAAUUAUUAGUUGAGAAAUUUAGUAAUUUUGAAGCUUGUAUCAAGCAUGCUUAAAGGGUAUGUGUAAUUUUGUUUGGUAACUGGUUUAGGGUUCUUUGUUAUUUGAUUAUAAAUCAUCAAAUUUGUUGUUGCA